UAUGUACUGCAGGGAUCCACCGAUGGAAGAGAUCAUCCUCCUCCUCCCCGCGGUUCUUGUAGAGGAGAAUCGUGGAAAGAGUCCUAUCUCUCUGAGGUGAUCUGACACAACAAGGAAGACCCACAAAUGAGGGAGCAAAGCGAAAAGUAAAAUAAAAACCAAAGCAUAAAGCUCCCUCUGAAAGACAGGGUGGCCUGCGGGGACGAAGAGGAUAGAUAAAUAAACCCGCUCCUGCGCUGACAAGGAGGAUAGACUGUCCUCUAGCACCGCAAAGAUGGGGAACCGGGGAAUGGACGAUCUGAUUCCUCUGGUGAACCGCAUGCAGGAUGCCUUCUCGGCCAUCGGACAGAACGCGAACCUGGACCUGCCGCAGAUCGCCGUGGUGGGCGGCCAGAGCGCGGGGAAGAGCUCGGUUCUGGAGAACUUCGUCGGGAGGGAUUUCCUUCCUCGUGGUUCUGGCAUCGUGACCCGUCGACCUUUGGUUCUUCAGCUGGUGAACUGCCCUACAGAAUAUGCAGAGUUCCUCCACUGCAAGGGCAAAAAAUUCAUAGAUUUUGAUGAGGUGCGACAAGAGAUUGAGGCGGAGACUGACCGCAUCACGGGAGCCAAUAAGGGCAUCUCUCCCGUGCCCAUCAACCUGCGUGUUUACUCUCCUCACGUGCUGAACCUGACGCUGGUGGACCUGCCGGGAAUGACCAAGGUGCCGGUCGGAGACCAGCCUGCAGACAUCGAGGCUCAGAUCAGAGAAAUGUUAUUUCAGUUUGUGACCAAGGAGAACUGCCUCAUGUUGGCCGUUUCCCCGGCCAACUCUGAUCUGGCCAACUCUGACGCUUUAAAAAUUGCCAAAGAGGUCGACCCUCAGGGUAUGAGGACCAUAGGGGUGAUCACCAAGCUGGACUUGAUGGACGAAGGGACAGACGCUAAAGACAUCCUGGAAAACAAGCUGCUUCCCCUGCGCAGGGGUUACAUCGGUGUGGUUAACAGAAGCCAGAAGGACAUCGAUGGAAAGAAGGAUAUUAAUGCUGCUAUUGCUGCUGAGAGGAAGUUCUUCCUCACCCACCCUGCGUACAGACACCUGGCUGAACGCAUGGGCACGCCCUACCUCCAGAAAGUCCUUAAUCAGCAACUGACCAACCACAUCCGGGACACCCUGCCGGGUCUGCGGGCAAAGCUGCAGAGUCAGCUCCUCUCCAUAGAGAAGGAGGUGGAGGAGUACAAGAACUUCAGGCCUGAUGAUCCGUCCCGCAAAACAAAGGCUCUCCUGCAAAUGGUGCAGCAGUUUUCAGUGGACUUUGAGAAGUGCAUCGAGGGCUCCGGAGACCAGAUCGACACGGCCGAGCUGUCGGGUGGCGCGAGGAUCAAUCGCAUCUUUCACGAGCGCUUCCCCUUCGAACUGGUCAAGAUGGAGUUUGAUGAGAAAGAACUCCGCAAGGAAAUCAGCUACGCAAUCAAGAACAUUCAUGGAAUCAGGACGGGGUUAUUCACCCCUGACCUGGCCUUUGAGGCCAUAGUGAAAAAGCAGAUCCAAAAGCUGAAGGAGCCCACACUGAAGUGUAUAGAUAUGGUAGUGAGCGAACUCACCUCCACCAUUCAGAAGUGUAGUCACAAGCUGGCCCAGUAUCCCAUGCUGAGAGAAGAGAUGGAGAGAAUCGUCACUCAGCACAUCAGAGACAGAGAAAACCGCACCAAGGAUCAGGUGCUGUUGCUGAUUGAUAUUGAAUUGUCCUACAUGAAUACAAACCAUGAAGACUUCAUUGGAUUUGCAAACGCUCAGCAGAGGAUCAAUCAAAUGAACAAGAAGAAGACGGCUGGAAAUCAGGAUGAAAUCAUGCCGGAGAGAGGAGUAAACGAUCGGUACAAGGUGAUCAGGAAGGGCUGGCUGACCAUCAACAACAUCGGCAUCAUGAAGGGAGGAGCCAAAGAGUACUGGUUCGUCCUCACCGCAGAGUCCCUGUCCUGGUACAAAGAUGAUGAGGAGAAGGAGAAGAAGUACAUGCUUCCAGUGGACAACCUGAAGCUGCGGGAUGUGGAGAAGGGCUUCAUGUCCAGCAAGCACAUCUUUGCUCUCUUCAACACUGAGCAGAGAAAUGUGUACAAGGACUACCGUCAGCUGGAGCUGGCCUGUGAGAGCCAGGAAGACGUUGAUGCCUGGAAGGCCUCGUUCCUCAGAGCUGGAGUUUAUCCUGAACGCGUAGCUGAGAAGGAAGGAAAGAGUGACGGCAGCGACGAAAACGGCUCAGACAACUUCAUGCACAGCAUGGACCCUCAGCUGGAGCGGCAGGUGGAGACGAUCCGCAACCUGGUCGACUCCUACAUGGCGAUUGUCAACAAGACCGUGCGCGACCUGAUCCCAAAGACGGUCAUGCAUCUCAUGAUCAAUAACACAAAAGAGUUCAUUAAUGCUGAGAUGCUGGCCCAGCUCUACUCAUGCAGUGACCAGAACACUCUGAUGGAGGAGUCUCAGGAGCAGGCGCAGCAUCGCGAUGAGAUGCUCAAGAUGUACCACGCCCUGCGGGAGGCGCUAAGCAUCAUCGGCGACAUCAGCACAACCACAGUGAGCACAUCAAUGCCGCCUCCGGUGGACGACUCCUGGCUGCAGGUCCAACGCAGUGGAUCCGGAGGAAGGUCUCCAGCAACCAGUCCGACUCCAAAUCGCAGGGCUCCACCGGGCCCACCAGCUCGCCCAGGCUCCCGUGGACCCCCACCGGGACCUCCUCCUGCUGGGGGCCCCCCUGUACCGUCUCGCCCUGGAGCAUCUCCAGAUCCUCACGGCGGGCCACCUCCCACCGUGCCCUCUCGGCCUAACCGCGCCCCCCCAAGUGUGCCAAGUCGGAGACCCCCACCUUCUCCAACACACUAGAUCUCAGAGCUCCUUCCUCCCUCCUUCAUUUCCCCUGUCUGGACGAGAGAGGCGCUUCGGACAACAGCGCCACCUUCCUCUCGUCUACCGCCUGGUCUGGCCCUCCUGCUCCCGCCUCUCUGCCCCCCAUCCCCACCCGCCCCUCUGUUUUCACACAGAGGCAGAAUACUUGAAAGCAUGACUUACGUACAACUUUGUUCCUCACAGUUUAAUCGCAGAGACCAUGAAAUGAUCCCAUUAGACAACUGAGUCAACGUAUUGUAUAUCCACGCAAGUUCAAAGCAGAAUGCUUCCCCUCUUCUUAUAUCACGAGGGGUAAACAUUUGCAAGUUUAGCAUGAAUCUAUGCCUGAGCUUUUCUAAAGUGUCGCCUCAGUUUUAGCGUUUGUUUCAUUUACUUUUAUCAGGAUUUGUUUGCUCACCUUUAUUUUGAGGAACAGAAUGAUGUAAACCGAGAGCCUUUAUUCAGGGUGGGACAUUUCAUGCAGAUGCCCCCAAAUUCCAUUUUUCUUACUUUCUCUCUUUUUUUAAAGCUAAUCCGUGCGCUUUCCCACCGUCCAAAUCUAUAAAACAGCAGCAGCACCCAGGUGAGGCAGACAUGGAUGACAUCUGUAUUCUUCAAAAAACUUUGAAAAAACUGAAUGGACAAAAGUCUCGUUCGUUUUUCCGUUUUAUCCCCUCCGUCAUCCUCCUCUGCUGUAAAGCAGAAGUCAGAAUCACGUAGCGGAUCCUCUUAUUUUGCCAGCAGCAGACUUUAGAAAGUCUCACUGUUGCUGUUCUUACAAAGCUUUGUCACAUCCUCUUCUCAAACUGCUGCGCUCACAAACAACCAAUGCAAAAGAGAAAAGUGGUUUCUCAGUCUUUUUAAUUGUGAAAAGAUGCAUCUAAUGUAGUUUAUUUCCCCCUUUUCGUUCCUCUGCUUACCAAGGCAUUAUUACUACUGAUUAAUUUUGUAGAGGAACUUUUUCCAACUUUCUUUUUACACUGUUCCACAAAGGGCAGAUUUGCAAAGUUUAUUGCGGGGUAAGAGAUUUAAUUCAGGAGUAUCAAACUGAAGUGGGCCACAUUCCAAUUUUUCAAAACCAUUUUUCCUUUCCACUGGUGAAUCAUGUAUUUUUUAUUAAUUUAUUCCGCUAACGCUAUAUAUAUUUAUUUUGCAUUCAAGUUGCUGACCUGCCAUUUCUUCUUUCUCCCUUUUCUCUUGCUCUAUUUUCUCUCAGUGGUCACGGGGGUGAGUGAGAACAUGAACAGUCCCAGUCUAUGCAUAAGGUACCACUGCUUGUGUUGAGUCGUCACAUUACUGAGCAGAAACCACCUUUUAAUCCCUUCGUUCUUCUGCCACUGAGCUCUGCUGUCGGUGUUAUGUGUUGUAUUUUGACCCCAAACACAAACAACCCACUAGCCUUACCUUACACACAUCUUUACCCUGUGAUCAUUACGAGAAAAAAAAUUACCUACUUGUGCAUCUCUGAUCUCAACAUCUGCAAAGCAAACAUGAAGUCAUAUCUGAUUUAACAGUAAUUAGUUUAUUAAUGUGUUAUGCAUUUGUGUGGUGCAUUUUACUAGACGUGUACUCUCUUCUGUUUAGAUAAUUUAGUCUACAUUGUAUGCAACAUCAGAAUAUUUAAACCAUGAGUAAAUGAGCAUAACGGAAUACUUGAAAAAUAAUAAUUAAAAAAUUGUGCUGUAAAUGGAUGCCGGCAGGCUGUUUGAUACUUUUGCUUGCAUCAGGGAGGGUGUAUUUGUGUUUUCUCUCUGAUUUUAUAAAAGGUUAAACAGGAUGACGGUGUGUGUGCAAACUGGCUGAGGACAAACCCUGCUGCUUGUCUCAGCUGAUGUGAAAGAAACUGUAAGAUUAUCCUGGAGGACUGCUGUACUCUCGACUACAUAUUAAAAGACCUCUAUG